AUGGACCCGCAGACCUUCGUCAGGGUCUCCAUUGGGUCGCUUGGUCUGUGGACGCAGCCGACUAGAGCGCCGUCGACAUCUGCGCCGCCGGCCAGUUCGUUGUACUCCUGCGAGAUUCGGCUCCGGGGCUUCCCUACUCAAACGGCGGCAGUCCCGCUGCUGCCGUCGCCGGAGGCCGUCCCGGAGCGCCCCAUCGACAAUCCGGCCGUCGUCUUCUACCUCGGGGAGUCCGACGUGAAGGCGCUGAUGGUCUCGCGCUGCCUCCGAGCCUCCGGGUCAUGUCUGGAGGUCGCGGUCUACAGACGGCGGCGGCGAUCCCGCUGCGGUUUCGGCGGCAGGAGGCGGAAGGUCGGGACUUUCAGGCUGCGGGUGGGGCCUCAGUGGGGCGAGGGGCGGCCGGCGUUGCUCCACAGCGGGUGGGUCGACCUCGGGAGGAGCUUGCGGGGAGAGGACAGGCCGCCGCCGGAGCUGCACCUGAGAGUGAACCUGGACCCCGACCCGAGAUACGUCUUCCAGUUCGAGGACGAAACCGCCCUGAGCCCUCAAGUGGUCCAGCUCCAGGGCACCAUCAAGCAGCCCAUCUUCAGCUGCAAGUUUAGCCGGGAGAGACGGUACGUACGGCCCUUCCUUCCUCUUCUUCUUCUUCUUCUUCUUCUUCACUGAAUUCUUCGCCGACUUCAUCCAGCUCUGUUUCUUCUUUUUCUUCUUCUUCUUCUUCUUCUUCACUGACUAGACCGACGUUUGGGACAGGGCGAGUCAGGCGGAGGCGACGAGCAGCUGCUGGUCGAACUCCAAUAGUGACGACGCCGACGGCGAUGGGGAGAGAAGGGAGAGAAAGGGUUGGAGGGUGAUGAUUCACGACCUCUCCGGCUCUGCCGUGGCGGCUGCUUUCAUGGCGACCCCUUUUGUGCCGUCGACGGGCUCUGAUUGGGUCGCCCGCUCCAAUCCCGGCGCCUGGCUCAUCCUCCGCCCUGACCCGCCCGGCCAGCCGGAGAGCUGGCAUCCCUGGGCCCGCCUCGAGGCCUGGCGAGAGAGAGGCGGCGCCGCCGGCGGGGAGUCAGUCUGCUGCCGCCUCUUCCUCCUCCCGGAAGGGCGGGACGACGGCGUGCAGAUCGCGGAGGUGCUGAUCAGCGCAGACAGCGGGGGCGAGUUCUUCAUCGACAUGGACAGGCAGAGGCCCGCCGCUGCAACUCCGGCCGACUCCCUGCCGACGGCGGCGCCCUUGCCCGGCGCCGCCGGCGGCUUCGUGAUGAACUGUACAGUGCGGGGGGAGGGCAAGAGCAGCAAACCCCUGGUGCAGCUGGCCGUCCGCCAUGUGACCUGUGUUGAGGACGCCGCCAUCUUCAUGGCGCUCGCCGCCGCCGUCGACCUUAGCAUCCAGGCCUGCCGGCCAUUCGCGAGGAAGCCCAAGAAGACGGAACCGUCUUCUUCUUCCCCCUGA